AUGCCAAACUUCAGUGAUUGCGACUUCCCACCCCUGCGUCAAGAGAGCAUUCCAAGAAAGAGAAGGACAGAUGCGGACGUGGGACGCGCCUCCGGAGCUCCCGCCUCAAUCACCGACUUCCCAAACGAGCUCCUCCUCGCCAUCCUGCAGUAUCUGCCAGGUAUUGACCUUGAUAACUUCCAGUUACCCACCUUUUUUUGUGAACCAUAUCUGUUCCUCCGAUCGAUCAUCAGCAACGCUGAUCUUGCGAGGCGCGUACGGCAUGUUGACAUCACAUAUGGGGAGAAUGCAUACGAGCAGCGCAAGCGAUAUGUUGCAAAUGCACAAGAUAAGAAAGCGAUCAAAGACGGUCUGAGGGCCUCCGGCAUUGCAGAUUGGAAGACGCUGGCCUCUUUGUAUAACACGGAUCAUGUUGAGCUAGAAAGCAUAUACGCGGCUAUUAUCAUGCAAACGCCAAAGAUCGCUUCCAUGAUCGUACAUGACGGUUGGCUAGGAAGCUACGGUGAAUCGAGAAACCCGGACUGGGUCGACCUGUUCAGAAGAGCGAAUUCGAGGACGUCACCGGGGCUCAUGCACAAGUUUGAGAACUUGCAAUCGCUUACAGUCGAACUUCUCGAAUUGAAACUGAUAGCACUUGCGCCCGCUCUCCGGACUCCUUCGCUACGAAAGCUUACCCUGAAAGGCUUGGUCGAAUUCGAAUAUGGCGGCAAAAGCGUGGCACAAGUCAUUCGGAAACUCAUUCCAUCUCGAUGCAACAAUAUAGAAGAGCUCUCUAUCAAGCAAAGCAUUCUGCAAAAUGACAUUCUUGCUGUUGUCGUCGAGGCUUCUCAGCAUUUGAGGGUCUUCUCCUAUGAUAUCACUCUAGACAAUGUGGGCGAAGCAUUCGAUCUGGGCCAGUUGGGCUCAAAGACACUUAUUGCAGCUCUCGAGUCGCAAAGUGACUCUUUGGAGAGUUUGGUGUUUCUCAAAGACAGAGGAGCGACCGAAGAUCUCCCGCCUAUGUUUGACCUGUGCGGAAGUCUGCGCGGCUUUUCGUCAUUGGCACACCUGAAAUGCCAGCUUGAAAGCAUCGCUGGUGAUGGAAACUCAGCGGCAACUUUACCCCAGAGACUUCCUCCAGCCCUCAAGACAAUGAGCGUCUCUCUCAGCAACCAAAGCGGCCCUGAUACAUUCGACCCGCUUCUCGGCCUGAAGCACCUUUCAAGUAGCUAUACCACACGCACUCCUCACCUCCAAGAAAUCCGCCUUGUCGCUGAAGACAUCGUCUACUCAGGUAGAUUCUAUGAUUAUGCGGGUACAGUGGCACUGUUUUCCAGGACAGACAUCAAAUUUAUUUUAGGAAGAAACGUGCUCUUUGACGACAGUUGGACUCCGCAACGUACUGCCGGUUGGGGCUUCCACGCCGUGCCAGAUGACGAAGUCACAUCUGAAUCGUCAGGAGAGAUUAGCUUGUACAGCAACAACUAA